CAGCAAGGCUGAGGGCUCGCUUACUGCCCUCUGCUGGGCUCGGACAGAAGAAUGAAAGGUCUCCGCUGGCGCUACACUCGGCUGCCCAGCCAGGUGGAGGACGCUCUGUCUGGGGAGGAGGGUGAGGAAGAGGAAGAGGAAUGGGAGGAGGAGACAGCCCCAGCCCCAGCUCCUGCUCCUGAAGAGCCAGUGGCGCCCCAGCUGGCAGAAGCCAGCCAGGUUCUGGGAGCCUCGGAGAUGAGGCAGCUCAGCCUCCACCUCCCCCCGAGAGUCGCUGGACACUCCUGGAGUCUGGCCUUUUGCACGUCAAGGGACGGCUUCAGUCUGCGGAGCCUGUACAGGCAGAUGGAGGGCCACAGUGGGCCGGUGCUGCUGGUGCUGAGGGACCAGGAUGGCCAGAUGUUUGGGGCCUUCUCCUCCUCAGCUAUUCGACUCAGCAAAGGCUUCUACGGUACUGGCGAGACGUUCCUCUUCUCCUUCUCUCCACAGCUGAAGUGGCCACUUUGGGCUGUGGUUGGAUGGAGACUUGUAUCACGGGGGGAGCCACCCCUGUGCAACCUUCAACAACGAGGUGCUGGCCCGGCAGGAGCAGUUCUGCAUCAAGGAGCUAGAGGCCUGGGUCCUGAGCUGAUGCCCCGGUGGGCAGCUUCCUGAGGCAACAGGGGCUUGGAUCUGCCCCCGGAUGCCGACGAGGCCUCCCUCACCCCGGGCAGUCCAUUCUGUCCGAAGCACAGAUGGCGAAGUGUCCCAGUGUGGACUGUGGCCGUGAGCCAGCCUCCCGUCGCCCAAGGACCAAGACAGGCAUGGGCGCAGGCCAUGUUCUCCUGGAGAGGGGACUUUGAAGGAGUGAAAGCACUUAUACCUCACCCGAGCAGCACAAAGUCCCUCAGGAAAAUGAUCUUUUUAGAGAGUAUACAGUUAAUACAUGUUUAUUGUAGAAAGACCAGAAGAUAUAAAA